UCAAAGUUGUAAAUAAAGAAAAAUUUCUAAAUUAAAACAAAUAUAGGAAAGAAUUAAGAUUCGGUUGUGAAAGGUGUUAAUUUAUUAGAAUAAAUACUUAAAAAACUCUAAGAAAAGAUGAGAGUUCAUUUUCAUGAAAGAUAUGGUACAAAAGGUGAUGAGAUUUUAUAUGUAACGCCAGAUGAUCAAAGUAGUAUAGUUCGUGUACCAUUAAGAGGUGAUAAAUUAAUAACACGUGAACGCUUCGCUUUGCUUAAAUUACUGCAAAACAUUUUUUUACCAAAAGGCUAUCCAGACAGUGUUAGCGAGGAUUAUUUAACAUAUCAAAUCUGGGAUACAAUUCAAGCAUUCUGUAGUACAAUAAAUGGAACUUUAACUACUCAUGCAAUUCUUAAGGGUUUAGGAGUCGGUAGUGAUGUUGUGAGUCCAUUUUCAGCAACUGUAACGUGGAUAUUUAAAGAGGGUAGUGGUCAUUUGGGUAAAAUCUUAUUUUCGUGGUGGAAAGGAUGUGAGCUUGAUUUAGAUUCAAAAAAAUGGAGACUCAGAGCAGAUUUCUUGAAUGAUAUAGCAAUGGGAAUUGAAAUAUUUGUUAUGCCAAAAUAUUUAGAGUAUGCUACAUAUAUAUUGUGCGGAACAACGACUUUGAAAGCAAUAGUGGGUGUUGCAGGAGGUUCCACAAGAGCUGCCCUAACGCAACACCAUGCAAUACGUGGUAAUUUAGCCGAUGUUUCAUCUAAAGACAGUGCCCAAGAAACAUGUGUCAAUUUAAUAGCUUCCUUUGUAGGACUUUAUCUCUUAACAGCUAUCAAAAGUCAAAAUGUUCUUUACACAUUUUUUGUUAUUAUCGGUAUUAUACAUAUAUAUGCUAAUUUAAAGGCUGUCAGAUCCGUCUGUUUGAAAACGUUUAACGAAUCUCGAUAUUUAAUUACAUUGGAAGAAUAUUUUCGAUCGAGUAGAAUGCUACCGCCAGCUGUUGUAAAUAAAUUGGAAAGAGUAACUGUAGGUCAAACAGUCUCUGUAUCACUAAAUAUCAAAAUGGGAUUGUCAAUAAAGAAUUUGGUGGACGAAUUCAAAAAUUCACAUAUGAUCGAUAAUAUAGUUUCGUCAUUUGAUCCUCAUGAGAGGUUCAUUAUAGCCGAAAACAAACGUUAUUUGGGAGUUUAUUUACACUUUGAUACUAGACCGCAGGAUGUUUUAAAGGCAUACUUCUUUGCAGUUUCAUAUUUGCAAGAUCGACAGCAAAUUAAAGAAAGAUAUUGGGAAGUACAAGGAAAAUGGCAAGAGUUUUUAAAUAUGGCACAAAACGAAGGCUGGUGUACAACAAAUCACCUAUUAUAUGUCGACGAAUACAGAUUAGACUGGAAGGCUUAGACAUGUUGAUAACGUUGUUGACUGCGAAAUUUACCGAUAAAUGAAAAAGUUUUAUCAAAAUAAUUUCUCGAAUGUAACAAGAUUUACUACGAGUUGGACCAAAAAUAGUUAUGCACUCAAAAUACCAGAAAACUGAUAAAAAAAAAGACAAACAUGAAUGUACAAUUAUUAAUUCUCGAAUAUUAACAUAAUUUUAUUGUAUAUAUUUUUAAAUACUUUAAAAAUUUGGAAAAAGGUAAAUUAUAACAUCUUUGACUUCCAUUGUAAACUAUAAUGAAAUUAUUUUACUUAAAUGUACCUUAAUCUUAAAUAUGAUCAUAUAAACCGAAGGUGAUAUACAAGCAAUGCCAUUUGGUUGCCCCGUUUUAAAAAAGAUAUAGGGUUUUAAUAACAAAAGUAAAUAAUUACUUAAUUUCUAAGAUUUUAAAAUUUGCAAUUUCUUUAAAAUUAUUUCGAAAAAAAAAACAAAACAAUUAUAGCUAACAUUGCAAUUAAUUAUUAAAACGCAGCUAUUGUAGGAAUUUUUAUAUUACAUAUAGAUAGAAAGUAGAGUUGUGAAAGCGUUUUGCAAUCAAAAUUAAAAGAAAAAAAUUAUCGUUAUAUCGUAAAAUUAUUUGCGAAUUAAAAAAAAUUGCAAAUUGAAGCACGUAAGCAUCUUUUUAUAAUUGAAGAUUAACAAGUGGAUUUUUUUUUACAUCAGCCGUGUUUAAAAUAUUUUUAUUUUUUUGAUUCUGGUGAUAUCCAGUACUCGCAAAAAUAAUAAAAUCAUUUUAAAAAUACUGCUUUUUUGAUAUUGAAAUGCUAUUUUAAUACAACACUUACUUCUCAUACGUAUUUUAUUAUAUAAUGUUUGGAAAUCUUGCAUUUAAAAUAAAUUUAUAUUUGCAUUUACUUGAAAAAGGCUUUAUUUCUUAUGUAAUGAUGUUAAAAUUUUACUUGUAUAAAUAGAAGCCGCCUUGAUAUAUUUUUCCAUUAAAACUAAUUUAAUAAUGCUAACAUUAAAUAAAUUAAAUAUAAACGGUUGCAGUUAUGCAAUGCUUUUUUAAAUCCCACAUGCAAAAGGUUCAUUUUAAAAAUUAAUUUGAAAUCUGCAAUAAAUAUCCCACCGAAAAUUCUAUCCUAUAAGUUGCUAAACUUUUUAUAGUUUAAUUUUUUUUUUUGCAUUCACGCACAUUUUUUAAACAA